AUGUGCUACUCGUCUAUCCUUUUAUCCUGUUUGGCAGCUGUUGCUGUCGCAGCUCCUUUACCUCAAGAUAACCAUCACCACCAUGAUCACAUGAAAUUCCACAAGAGAGUUUCUUCUUCCAACAGUAUUCUUGGUGAUUUAUCUGCCUUUUCUAAUCCUACAGAAAAGUUUGAAGAUGGUGUUCACGAUUGUGCUUCCGUUCCAACUGGUCAAGGUGUCAUUGGUGUCACUUGGAUCGAUGGUUUGAACGGUGGAUGGUCUUCCAUUAUGGACUUGAAUGGUAACACCUCUCCUGAUUGUAAGGAUGGUUUCUACUGUUCUUAUGCUUGUCAAGCUGGUAUGUCAAAGACCCAAUGGCCAAGUCAGCAACCUUCAAGUGGUGCUUCUGUCGGUGGUUUGUACUGUAAGGGUGGUAAGUUAUACAGAGCUAACACCAACUCCGAUUACUUGUGUGAAUGGGGUGAAAACACUGCCGACUUUGUCAACAACUUGUCUCAAGAUCUUUCCAUCUGUAGAACUGAUUACCCUGGUUCCGAAAACAUGAAUAUUCCAACUUUAGUUGGUGCUGGUGAAUCUCAACCUGCUACUGUCGUUGAUUCCGAUACCUACUUUACUUGGAGAGGUGGUAAGACUUCUGCUCAAUACUAUUGUAACAAUGCCGGUGUCUCAGUUGAAGAUGGUUGUAUCUGGGGUACUGCGGGUUCUGGUGUUGGUAACUGGGCUCCAUUGGUUUUGGGUGCUGGUAAGGUUGGUGAUCUCACUUAUUUGAGUUUGAUUCCUAACCCAAACAACAAGGAAGCUCCAAAUUUCUCCAUUAAAAUUGUUGGUGAUGAAGGUGCUGCUGUUGUUGGUGACUGUAAAUACGAAAAUGGUGUUUACACUGGUUCUGGUACCGAUGGUUGUACCGUUACUGUUGUUUCUGGUAAGGCUCAAUUUGUUUUCUACUAA